AUGGGUCAGUGGCUAGCGUCCGCAUUCAAGUCGCUCCUGGGGAAGCAGGAGGUGCGCAUCUUGAUGGUGGGUCUUGAUGCUGCUGGUAAGACGACAAUUCUAUACAAGCUCAAGCUCGGCGAGAUCGUCACCACGAUCCCCACGAUUGGGUUUAACGUGGAGACGGUGGAGUACAAGAACCUUAAGUUCACCAUGUGGGAUGUCGGCGGCCAGGAUGUCCUGCGCCCGCUGUGGCGCCACUACUACCAAAAUACAAACGGCAUCAUCUUUGUUGUGGACUCCAACGACAGAGAGCGGAUUGGCAAGGCGCGACAGGAGCUGGAGAAGAUGCUUACAGAGGACGAGCUUCGCAAUUCUAUUCUCCUUGUAUUUGCCAACAAGCAGGACCUGCCCAAUGCAAUGAGUACGACAGAGGUAACGGAAAAGCUUGGACUGCAGUCGGUGCGUCAGCGCAACUGGUAUAUUCAAGGAUGUUGCGCCACUUCGGCUCAGGGCUUGUACGAGGGCUUGGACUGGCUUGCCGCAAAUAUUAAAAAAACAACACAAUAG